AUUUUGUUUAGUAUAAAAAGGUCACCUUGCUCCAGUCUGCCGCUAAGUUUCAAGCUUUAGGCAGGUGUGAACUGUGUUCUUUGACUAAAGUUUCAACCGGUGUUAUCGAUAUGACUUCAACCAAGAACGCCCUGUUGUCCGAAGUGGCAUCUGCCAUUGUAGACACCGACAACAAAGUUACUGUUGUUGGCGUUGGACAAGUAGGAAUGGCUGUUGCAUUUAGUGUUUUAGCUCAAGGAAUCUCCCACGAUGUUGUACUUAUUGACUGCGUAGAAGACAAGUUACAAGGAGAAAUGAUGGACCUCCAACACGGGUCACUAUUUUUAAAAAAUCCCAGAAUUAAUGCAAGUACUGAUUAUGCUGCUAGCGCUGGCUCACGUUUGUGUAUCGUAACUGCCGGAGUCCGUCAACGCGAAGGUGAAUCACGUCUGGACCUUGUCCAGAGAAACACCGACAUUUUUAAACACAUUAUACCAAAUCUGGUUAAAUAUUCUCCCAACACUAUUUUGCUAAUUGUAAGCAAUCCUGUCGAUAUUCUGACAUACGUCGCCUGGAAGCUUAGUGGACUGCCUAAAAACAGAGUUAUUGGGUCAGGAACCAACCUUGACUCUUCCAGAUUUCGGUUUUUGAUGUCGCAGAGACUGGGUGUUGCUCCUGGUAGUUGUCAUGGCUGGAUUAUUGGGGAACAUGGAGACAGCAGUGUUGCAGUAUGGUCUGGUGUAAACAUCGCUGGUGUUCGUAUACGUGACAUAAAUCCGGUGAUUGGAACAGAAGAGGAUCCGGAGAAGUGGGAAGACCUACAUAAAAAUGUCGUAGAUUCGGCUUAUCAAGUUAUCAAACUUAAGGGUUAUACUAACUGGGCCAUAGGUCUAAGUGCUGCAUCAUUGGCUCAUAGUAUCCUCAAGAACAGUUUCCAUAUACAUGCUGUGUCAGUUCAUGUUAAGGGCUACCAUGGCGUCGAUCAGGACGUAUUUUUGUCGCUACCAGCUGUUUUAGGCGAAAAUGGAGUUUCUCAAGUUGUGGUACAACCUCUAAGUGAAACGGAAAAAGGCCAUCUUCAAAAAUCAGCAUCUCUUAUACAUGAAGUGCAAUCAAAUCUCAAACUUUAAACGAAUUGCUCUUAUAUACGUACUUAUUGUGACCUGAUUCGCAUUUUAUGUAUUGGUGCCAAUUGUACUGUAUUUAAUUGACUGUAUAAUUAUUGUAAGUAAAUAUCGUGUCGUUUUAGCCAAUGUUUUUUGAUGCUUAUGUUUUGUGUUCUUAUUACGUUUUAUUUAUUGAAUUAUUUAUUUUUUUACUGAAACGUGUAAUAAUGUGAAAUAAAUGAUAUGAAUGUGUGAUAAA